AUGUCCAAGUCCCUCAGCAACGGUGUCGACCACACCGACCAAUAUGGCGCCUCAGGAGCAGAGCGGGAGGCCCUCCUUCCUCCCACCUACGACGACGCGCAUGGAGAGCCGUCGCUCAAGGGGCUCGGUCCCCAAGGCGUCCGCAAGGCCAGCCCCGUCAAACUAACCUACAUUCUCGCUGCCUUCGUCUCCGGAGCCCUCGUCUGCAUCGUCAUGCAGCUUGCCCUAUGUGGACCUUCGUGUUUCCAGAAGAAACACGGCAUCGAAUCAUCGGCACCGUUGUAUAUGCCUCCAGUCGACGAGGCGAACUUUGCACCCCCGUACGUUGGCUCCACCCAAGUCGACCACUUCCCUCCCACCAAACCCACCAACGCCUUCCCCUCAAUGUUCCCUUCGGACGUUGGUUACCCAGGUGGAACCCCCACUGGUGCAGAACCAGCAGCCAUCGCCACCGCUCCAGUCUACCCUUACCAAUCCGGCCAAUGUUCCAACCAGCUCAUCGCACCCGAAGGCUUCUCGAACAAACUACAGUCGCACGCGAAAGACCAGAAAUCAAAGGACUUCAAGUUGUUCCAAAACUGGGGUAACCUCUCCCCGUGGUUCAGCGUCGAGAAGGGAAGAUUUGGCCUUGAUUCGACUCCGGAGCCGCCUGAGACGUGCAGAAUCACUGGCUUGCACUUCUUGCACCGACAUGGUGCCAGAUACCCAACCCGGUGGUCCGAGUAUGGUGGUCCCGCCAAAUUCGCGAACAAGAUCCACAAGAACCCCCAGUCUUGGGAUGCUACUGGAGAAUUGUCUUUCCUUAAUGACUGGACCUUUAAACUUGGUGAAGAAGUUUUGACUCCUUUCGGAAGGAAGCAACUUUAUGACUUGGGUUACUCCCUCCGCAUGAAAUAUGGUUUCCUCCUUAACAACUUCACCGCUACCAAUACCCUUCCCGUAUUCCGCACCGAGUCGCAGGACCGCAUGCUUAAGUCCGCUCUCAACUUUGCCAUCGGUUUCUUCGGAUAUCCACUCGAUGGACAAUACCAGCAAAGUAUUAUGAUUGAAGAGAUUGGCUUCAACAACACCCUCGCACCAUAUGAUACCUGCCCCAACGCGCACGUCCCAUCCAAAGCUUCCAGGGGCGUCUGGUAUAUGAAACGCUGGGCUGAGAUUUACUUGAAGGAUGCGAAAGAGAGACUCUCUGCACAGAUCAAGGGCUUUGACCUUACCACUGAAGAUGUAUACAUCAUGCAGCAGACUUGUGCUUAUGAGACUGUUGCCCUGGGCUACUCCAAGUUCUGCGAGUUGUUUACUGAAGAGGAGUGGGAAGGCUUUGAUUAUGGCCUUGACCUCCUGUUCUGGUACGGCUCUGCCUUUGGUUCGCCUGUCGCUCGCGUCCAGAGCAUUGGCUGGAUUCAAGAACUCGUCGCCCGCCUCACCAAGACUCCCAUCACCGAGCACAACUCGUGCACCAACUCGACGCUCCACAACGAUAUCACCUUCCCCCUCGGACACGCGUUGUAUGUUGACGCCACGCACGAAGUCGUCGUCCUCAACGUUAUCACCGGCUUGAACUUGACUACGUUCGCGGAGGAUGGACCUCUGCCUUACACCCAUAUCCCGAAGAACAGGAAGUUCCGCGUUGCCGAGUUGGCGCCUUUCGCCACCAACGUGCAGUUCCAACUCCUCUCCUGCACCUCCACUCCCGGUGAGCAAAUCCGUGUCAUCAUCAACGAUGGUGUGGCUCCUCUGCACGGUAUCCGCGGUUGCCCUGAGCAAAAGGACGGAAUGUGCCCUGUUGAAGCCUUUGUUGAGGCUCAGAAGGAAAUCAUCAAGGAUACUGAUUGGCAAUGGGGAUGCCAUGGGGAUUGGGAAGUCCCAGAGGGGACGGAGUGGGAGACCGUUACCGGACAGCCUCCUAGACCCUGA